CGUUUCAAUAAGCAAAUCAGAAGGAACGUUCGUGCAUGACGCAUCAUACUGAUGAUUCACACGGUACCUGAAGUUCAAAGAAACAGAAAAUCGGAAUACAAAAUUUCUCCAAAAGAGGAAACAAACUCCAAAAAGCUAAAAACUCUAUCGAAUUGAUCAUCAUCUUCAUCUUCAUCUUCAUCAACAAUGUUUUCUAGAUUAUUUCAGAAAUCAUCACCGCAACAAUCUCCCCAGCGCGACGUUGAGCAACAGAACGUGGUGAAAAGUAGUAAUUCCUCGGUGAAUUUUAAUCCGCGAGUAGUUCUUCACUAUGGAGUUCCAUCGACUGCGACUAUCCUUGCGUUUGAUCGCGUUCAACGUCUUUUGGCAGUGGGAACACUUGAUGGUAGGAUAAAAGUAUUUGGUGGUGACAAUAUUGAAGGGAUUAUGAUCUCUCCUAAGCAAACAUCCUUCAAGAAUUUAGAGUUCUUGGAAAAUCAAGGUUUUCUUGCUAGCGUUUCAAGUGAUAAUGAAGUUCAGGUUUGGGAUUUGAGAAACAGGCAAAUUGCUUCUGCUUUGCAAUGGGAAUCCAUCAUAACUUCUUUCUCUAUUAUUUUCGGCACCAGUUACAUGUUAGUUGGAACUGAGCAUGGGUUAGUGUAUUUGUUAAAGUUUGAUUCGCAAGACAGAAAAGUUAAAAUUUUACCUUAUUAUGUCCCCACAAAUGUUAUAUCAGAAGCAGUUGGAAUGUCACUUGAUCAUGUUUCAGUUGUCAGAGUUCUCCUUCAACCUUGUUCUGAUGGGAAGAGACUGUUGGUCGCAUAUGAGAAUGGUAUGAUGGUACUCUGGGAUGCUUCAGAAGAUCGAAUUGUUCUCACCAGAGGCCACAUGAACAUCGAAUUGAAGACAAAGAAAGUGGCUUGUUAUUCAAGUGAUCCUAAGGAUGAACAUUCUGAUGAUAAAUUAGAACUUGAAGAAGAUAAGGAGAUAAGCUCUGUUUCUUGGGCAUCUAAAGAUGGAUCUGUUGUCGUCGUUGGUUAUGUAGAUGGUGAUAUAAUGUUGUGGGAUUUAUCAACGGCUGACUCUCCAAUAGAUCAAGAAGAUAAAAAAAUGUCAAAUAAUGUUGUCAAGCUUCAAUUAUCAUCUGCAGAUAGAAGGCUUCCUAUUAUUGUUCUACACUGGCGUGCCAAUGGACCUUUGAAUAGCAGUGGUGGUGAGCUUUUUGUCUACGGUGGUGAUGAAAUUGGGUCUGAUGAAGUUCUGACAGUUUUGAGCAUUGAUUGGUCUUGUGGGAUAGAAAAUCUCAAGUGCACUGGCCGCAUUGAUGUUGCACUUCGUGGUUCUUUUGCUGAUAUGGUUUUGUUGUCUAGUGAUUGCCAUACAGAGGAAGCUUGUAAUAUGCUACUUGUAUUGACAAAUCCUGGACAACUGGAUCUGUACGACAAUAAUUGUUUAUCCUCUUUGAUGUCUCAACAACACAAGAAGACUUCUUCUCCCAUAAUGCAAUAUCCCAUCGUCGUUCCCACUCUUGAACCGCAGAUGACAACAGCAAGGCUUGAUGUUGUAUGCCGAGAUGUGAAGUCAUUUAGGGCCCUGUCUGAGAUUAUUGUAGCUGCAAAGCAGCAUUCAGGACAAAAUCAGAGAAGUGAAGAGAUAAAGUGGCCUUUGAUUGGUGGUGUUCCAGGCCAGCUUUUCAAGGAAGACCAUCUUAUCAUUCAAAUAUACAUAGCAGGUUACCAAGAUGGAUCUGUUAGGAUAUGGGAUGCUUCAUAUCCUGCUUUGUCACUUGUUUACAACAUAAAAUCUGAGGUAAAUGAUGUUAAAAUGGGCACUGCAAGUUCGCCAGUGUCAGCAUUGGAAUUUUUUCCUGACACUCUACAUCUGGCUGUUGGCGAUGAAAGUGGCGUUGUUCGUCUAUAUGGGCUAAUAAGGAGUUCAGAUGACACAACUUUGAAUUUCGUGACAGAAAAUGGAACUGAAGUUCAUAAUGUUAAUCAAGGGAAUGGGCCACAUUGCAAAGCAGUGUUUUCACUUCAAAAUUCUGCUGUAUGUGGGCUACAGUUUGCAAAUCUUGGAGGGAAGCUUGCUGUUGGAUAUGAACAUGGGCAGGUGGCCAUGCUUGAUAUCAGUACAUCAUCAAUUCUGUUUCUUACAAGUACUGAAUCUGACACAUAUUCAGCAGUAGUUUCUCUAAAUGCAAAAUUUUCAGACGCUUCUAGCUUAAACAUUCCACAGGAAUCGGUGUCUGAUAUUUCUGACAACUCUAGGAAGGGGUUACUCUUCGUUAUGACAAGGGAUGCACAAUUUGUUGCAGUAGAUACUGAAACAGGGAAUGUGGUUUGUAAUAGGACAAUGAGCCCAAAAGUAAAGUCAAAUGCAAUUUCAUUGCACCUUAUAGAUAGUACUUCUGAACUAUCUGCUGAAAAACUGCAAUCCCACUCGCCUCAGAAGAAUGAUUCUGGAAUGCAAGCAAACAUUCAAUCUGAAAAUACACAAGUUAAAGAUGAAACUACUACCAUAGAAAAUUCAUAUUUUGGGCAGAUAGCAUUGAACUCACUCCUGUUACUUUGUUAUGAGAGUGAAUUGAGCUUACACUCUUUAAAUUUUGUGAUUGAGGGUAGUAAUAAGUACUUACGGAAGGUGAACCUUAUACAACAAUGCUGCUGGACUACUAUCUUUAAAAAAGAUGAUAAAGAAUGUGUUCUGGUUGUUCUGUACCAAACUGGAGACAUUGAAUUAAGGUCCUUACCAACUCUGGAAGUCUUGGGAGAAAUCUCUUUAAUUUCGAUCCUAAGAUGGAACAUGAAGACCGACAUGGAGAAGACAAUAUGUUCCUCAUCAAAUGGACAAAUAAUUCUGGUCAAUGGGAAUGAAGCUGCUUUCUUGUUACUGUUGACAUGUGAAAAUGAGCUCUGGAUUCCAGAGUCUUUUCCUUGUCUUCAUGAUGAAGUUCUUGCAGCUGCAGUAGAUGUUACUGCAAGCCUAUCUCCAAACCAAAAUGAAAGACAGGGAGCACCUGCUAUCUUUCUUAAUAUAGCCAAGAACUUCAAAGUGAGGAAAGCUGAUCACAAUACAGAUCAAGCAGUUCAUAAUAAUUAUUUGGAAAAUUUAGACCGAUGUUUCUCGAGUCCUCCUUUCUUAAAGCCUUCUUCAGGCACAGAAUAUGGGCAGGAUGCUUUUGAGCUUGACAUAGAUGAAAUCCAUAUUGAUGAACCUUUGGCCUUUACAUCUCCUCAGAAAAUCAUAAUUGACAAGAAAGAAAAAGCAAAAGAAACAGACAGACAGAAGUUACUUGAGGAGUCAACCACCGACUCAAAACCUAAAGCUAGAACAGCUGAAGAAAUUAAGGCUAAAUACAGAAAGACCGGGGAUGCCUCAGCAGCAGCUGCACUUGCAAGGGAUAAGCUCGUAGAGCGGCAACAAAAACUUGAGAUGCUCAACCAACGUACUGAAGAGUUGCAGAACGGUGCACAAGACUUUGCAUCCAUGGCAAGUGAACUUGCUAAACGAAUGGAAAAUCGUAAAUGGUGGCAGCUAUAAGGUUGCAUGAUUUCUUAUAUUCAUCGUCAGGUUCUGCUGUGCUCCUUAGCAGUUGAAAUUCUGUCUACACUUUGGCCUCUCAUUUUGAAAGGUAGCUCUGAUUCCUUUUCGUCUGUACGCAUGUUAGUGUAACUUUUUAUCUGUUAAAGUGUAAUUUUAUUGUUAUCGUCAUAUUAUUAUGUACAGCACAUUAUUUUGUAUAUAUCAGCCUCAAUAAGUUGAGCAUGUAAAGGUAUGUUAGGAUCUGUUUAAAUCACCAAGAACUGCAUAGGACCGAGAAUUUCAAUAGUAUUUCUAAGGAUUACACUAUAACAAUCAUAUUUGUUGAUCAAACUAUGGCCAUAUUUCAUUUUUAAUAGUUUUACUAGAGUAAAUUAUUGAGAUGCA